CGCUGGCAAAGUUUCGUCUCAGCCAACAAGUCUCUGACCUGCAUUCCGGCACGGGCCAGGCUUCCAAUAUUGCCCACAGCUGCCAUUGGCCCUUACUAGAAUAGCAGCUCAUCUACGCUGAGCCUAAAUUGACAUGAGCCAUAGUUCACAGCCAAAAAUGCUGAUUGAGUGCUGAUUCACUGCUGAAGGCCGGCAAUGAGCCCCAGGUAUUGUAAGGAGCCCUUUGCACAAAACAACAAGCAGCCUUCGAGUAAGCUAUAAGACCCAGGCCACACCCAUUCGCCUUUCCUCAAGCUACUUACACUCUUUUCAAUAUGCGAACUUCAUUCUUUACCUCACUGGCUUCCAUACUCACUGCUGUCUCAGCACAGUCAGUCCCCACGAACGGCACAGCUGCACCCACCAGUGUGCUGCCAGUUGCGCUCCCCUCGGCCACAGCAACCACAACCGUCGAGUUGAGGGCUGGUACUACACCUCUCAUCUGCUCUGGCACAGUCAUUACGGCUGCACCUGCCAGUCAGACCGCUUCCCCCAUUGCCAUUGACUCUAACGGCAUCUUGACCUGCACCAACGAGGUCGGUCUCCGUCUCACUGGUUUCCUCCGGGAAGCAGCCGCUGCAUCUGCUGGAAACCCUCCUGUCUACGAUGUUGUUCUUGGCACACCUCCUCCUGUCCUUCCCCUCAUCCAAGGCUACUUCACAGUUAGCAACGGCGCGUUGUCUGCUUCCGUGUCCCGUAACGCUCGCCGCAAGCGUCAGUCACAGCCUCUCUUUGCUGGCCUCAGCCCUGCUGGAACCCUCCAGGUCGGUGGUACCAAUGCACCUGGAACCAUCAGUGCUACAGUGGUAGGUGUCACAAACGCUCCUGGUGCCGCUCCUUCUUCUGGGGCUCCUAGCUCCGCGCCUACCGCUGCACCUUCAAACGGUGUUGCCCCCGGCGUUGUCCCAGUUACUGUCACACAGACCAACACUGUCACCGUUACCGCUGCUAGCGGUGCCAUCCAGACCCUUGUGGUUGUGCAGGUGACCAUCAACGGUCUCCCUGUCGGCUCUGUGUCUGUCUUCGUCAACAUCAACGGUGUUCUCGUUCAAGUCACCGUCACUGGUCUCUCUGUCUCUGGCAACAUCGUCACCAUUGGUGCCGGCUUCUCUGUCGCACCUGUUGUUGUCUCGGUUGUUGUUAUUGUCUCACCUGUCCUCUACGUGUCUGCUGGUGUCACCAUCUCUGGUGUCACCUCCGUCACUGGAUUCGUUACUGCCAUCGGUGGUGGUGGUGCCGGUGCCGUGACUGUCAUCAACUCCGCUGCACCAGUCACCAUCACACGCACUCAGACCAUCGUUGUACCAGCUGGUACCGUUGUGCCUGUCGCCAGCGGUGCUGCUGUGGUUGCCGUGGUUGUGGCUCCUGGCUCCGUGCCUGUCAUUGCCGCUGCUGCCGCUGCACGCUCAAACAGCUCCACCAUCCUCCCUGCCGCACGUGGUACUGCCGCCAAGUUUGGCGUGUCUGGCCUCGUUGCCGGUGUUGUGGCUGUUGGUGUUGCUGCCCUCUUCUAGGGAUAAAACCUCGGAUAUUUCCUAUCAAGUACAUUCUAGUAAUAUGUGAUCACAACUUGUAUCUCCGUG